AGGAAACUUUAAAGAGGAGGUUUAGUAAGACUGAAAGUCAAUGUGAUUUAAUAAGUACAUGCGGUGACCUGAGCAUUUCUUCUCCCUUUCGUGGUCUACGAAACGAAGCGGGAGGACUAAUAAAUCGCCACGCACGGAUUCAAGAGUGGGUAUUUCUAAACCAGGAGAGAAAUGGUUUGAAAUAUCCUCCACUGUAAGGCCAGGGCAGGGAGACAGUGACUCCAUGGCCAUGGAAGUUUGCGUACUCAUGGAAUGGCCAGACGCGAGCCUUGCGGCCUUGACCCCUGGCUCUGGGGCCCGGGGGGUGGCGGGCCCGCUCCUCGCCCUGAAGCCCCCCCCCUUUCCCGGCCCUGCUCGCCCUUUUCCCGGCGGGGCAGCGGGUUCCGGCUCAGCCCGAGGGCGUCACUUCCCGGGGCGGAGCGGGGCGGCUCCGGGCGUGUGCAAACAGAAGAGAACUGACAACUCUGGUACUUUUUAAUUCCAAACAAGAUGAAGAUCCCCUCUUUGCUGCUGAGAUUCCCUCGUUGUUAUUUCUCCAGAAGAACAUACUUCAUGAGCUUUUGCUUCACUUCCCGAGCAGAUUUCCUGGGCGUUGAAUCUCUUGGGCCAGCACAUCACUGUCAGACAAAAUGGAUUUGUUCAUCAAACGCUUUGAGGAGAGAGCUGUGCCAGCAAGCAGCCCCUGAGCAGCAAGUAGAGGGACUUUCUGACCAGGAGCAGAGACUUGUAGACAGGCUUUACCAUGGGCUGAUCCAGGGUCAUAGAGCCUGUUUAGCUGAAGCCAUUACACUUGUAGAAUCAACUCAGAGUAGGAAGAAGAAAGUAGCCCAGGUGCUCCUUCAGAAGGUAUUAUCCUACCACAGGGAACAGGAAAAGUUAAAUCAAGGAAAGCCACUUGCCUUUAGAGUGGGGUUGUCUGGUCCUCCUGGUGCUGGAAAAUCGACCUUCAUAGAAUGCUUUGGGAAGAUGCUUACAGAAAGAAAACACAAAGUGUCUGUGUUGGCUGUAGACCCUUCCUCUAGUACAAGUGGUGGUUCCCUGCUGGGUGAUAAAACACGGAUGACUGAGUUGUCAAGAGACAUGAAUGCAUACAUCAGGCCAUCUCCAACCAGUGGGACACUGGGAGGUGUCACAAGGACCACAAAUGAAGCCAUUCUGCUCUGUGAAGGAGGAGGCUACAACGUUGUUCUCGUGGAAACAGUAGGUGUGGGCCAGUCAGAAUUUGCUGUGGCUGAUAUGGUUGAUAUGUUUAUAUUACUGCUACCACCUGCAGGUGGAGAUGAAUUACAGGGCAUCAAACGGGGCAUCAUUGAGAUGGCAGAUCUGGUUGCUAUCAAUAAGGCUGAUGGGGAUUUAGUUGUGCCUGCCCGGAGAAUCCAGGCUGAGUAUGUCAGUGCUAUGAAGCUGCUUCGCAAGCGUUCAAAGGUUUGGAGGCCAAAGGUAAUGCGCAUCUCUGCCAAAACCGGGGAGGGGAUCUCGGAUAUGUGGGAUAAAAUGACCGAGUUCCGUGAGCUCAUGCUCACAAGUGGCGAGCUGGUUGCCAAACGACGGAAACAGCAGAAAGUGUGGAUGUGGAACCUCAUCCAGGAAAACAUGCUGGAGCAUUUCCGGAGUCACUUGGCAGUCAAGGAUAAGAUCCCACUUCUGGAAGAAAAGGUUCUUAAAGGAGUCUUGUCUCCUGGGCUGGCAGCGGACCUGCUGCUGAAGGCAUUCAAAGAUGGUCUCUAAGCAUUGUUUUCUACUCUGUUCUUGAUAAGUGCUUUAUGUAAACGUGAACAUUAAAUACACUUUUUCUGUGUGUGAAUUCAGCUGUUUUACUGCAGCAGACAUGAAUAGAAUCCAGUACUCUGCAAAAGGAUUCUGUUGGACUCUGUAUAUGCAGCAAUCAUGACAAAGUUCAUCACUCACUAAGAGGUUACUUCAUACUCUGUUGGAAAAAAAUAAAUUUCCAAAUCUUCUAUUUGUACGUGCAUACAAAUAAAAACAUAAAAACUGGAUGUCCAUGUAAAAUGAGUGGGUUUGGGAGGGCAGGAGAGUGAGGUUUGUGGUGGUGUAGGGUUUGAUUCUGGUUGUGGGGUCAUCUCAGAGCAGUUGACACUGCUGCUUUCCGUUCUAAUAUAGCAGCAGCUGUUGCCAGAAUGGGUUACAUUUUCGUUCCUCACCUUGAGUGACAGCAAGAACAUUGGACUGCCUGACAGCACCAGACCACAGCCUUAGUUUUAAAUAAAUUGUAUGCAUAUAAAUAGAACAUAGUGGUGCUUGGUCCCUCUUUGGAAGCUGCAGUUAGUUAUUACAUGCUGUACAGUAGGAGAAGGGAAUUUUAACCAUCCUGGUUUCAAAACAUGUUUUAUUAAAAAGCAAAAUGUAGUUAGACUUUUUUUUACAUGCAGAUAUUAGAUGGAACAAAUGUUACCCAUGAUGUUUUAAUAGCAAAUGUCUUUAUACUAGAAUAAUUAGCUCUAAAAAUAAUAUUUAGUGGUUUUCUUAUCUGACUUAUAUUUUGGAUUUAAAAAAAAGUGGCCAGUUGUGUUUGGUAUUUUUUCUUUAUCUCUUGCAGAAGACAGGACUGUUUCCAACCAUAAGCACUUUUAUUUUUCCUUGAGAAAAAUCUGGAGGAAACAUUUUCCUGAUCCGUGAUCUAGAAAGCAGAGCUCAUCUGGUACCCACUAAAUGUUUAAGAUAAAGUGGAAAAGUGCUGAUUUUUGGACAUCUGACAGAGAAUCUGAUCAUCUGAACAGAAUUUGGACAUCUGAAAGAGAAUUUGUGAGCCUGUUGAUGUUUAGCUAAAUUCAUUUUUAAAGAAAUAUGUUGGAGGUUUUAAUUUUCUGGACAUGUACAUAAAAGAUACAGUGGCUUUAGCUCAAUUUCACCAGUUUGGCUUCUGGCAACCCAAUUCCAGUAUAGCAGUGAAUUUGAUUACUCAAAUCCUCUUUUUAGCUUCAUGGUGUUUAUUUUUGUCUGGGUUUUUUCCUCUCAAAAUAAUUUUUUCUCUUCUUUCCCCUUGUUCCAGUUGUUAUAUCAUGUUCCCAACUUUUACCCGCUAGGCACCGUUUGCAGUGAAACGCAGGAAGGGAAUUGUGGUGUUUUGGGGGCCAUACAGCUGAAGCAUUUCUUUGGUAAGAAAGUUUGCGCUGGGGUAGGUGGUGUAGGUGGUUUAUACCACCUAAAUUGUCAGAAUUUCUGAGCUCUGGCCACUUAUUCCUGUUUCUUAGUUGCUCCUUUGGGAUUGCUGCAAUCAGUCACAAAGAAGCAGCUGAAGGAAUGUUUUGGAGUGGCAGAAGCACAGUGACUUUGUUAUGGCCAUGCUGAAUUGUGAGAGAAAUGCAGUGCUUACGGUUUCUUUUUUAUUUAAACAACCUCUGUUGAAUAUGACAGAGAGUGCCCCAAACCAAAAGCAAUGUCUUGCGUCCUUUGAGUCCUUUCAGCUUUAAAUACUGACUGUAUUUUAUGGUACCUUGUAAAAGAAAUGAGAGUCAGGUGGGAAAUUAAUUAUUGAGAGCUGCAGCAUUUUAGCUGGUGAGUUUUCAACUUUUUGAUCAUCCCUUUGUUUCAGGUGGUAGUUUUUGAGGUGACCUCAUUUGUGUUUUAUCUGUUAAAUCAAACCCUUAUUAUGGUCAUUACUUCUGUCAGGGGCUGCUGUUUUCCUUGUCUGUUAUACAUGAGCUGCGAAGCAAGUAAAACAGAACCUGCAGCUUUGUUUAAAUGGCACCUGCUCAAGCAGAAUAUGUUCUUCAUAAGCUUCUUCAGUAUUUAUUUUUGGAUGCAGAUAUGUUGAUCCACUCAAGCCAUGGGCUAUCAUUACUUUCUCAUUUUGUUGCUUCUUUUAUAGUAUUGUUAAUUUACAAAUGAGCUCUUAGCAGAAGUUAGCAAUGGCUUAAGCAAGUUCUUCAAACUGCAUUUUCCUCUUAAAGCAGAGCAUUAAAUGAAAAUCUGAUUUGCCUUCUUUAUGUGUUCAGUUAUGCCUCAUGCUUCAGUAGAUGGAGAAAUAUCCUUACAUUGAAAGAAGUCUUUGGAAAUAAAACAGUAAAUGAAGGUCCCUGUUUUGUUUUUUCAGUGAUUCCUCUACCAAAAUGAAAAGCUGUCCUAUGCAAACUGUGAACUGGGCCUUCCAUGUGGUAAUGAAAUAGUUUGUUUUACAGCCUGUAAAAUUUUGCUGUGAUGUGUUUUGGAGUCAACUGCUAUUCAGUUAAUUCUGCAGUUUUGUUUGUGUUCUUGUGGGGUGGGCAGGUGCAUUGUUUUCAGAAGGACUGCAGAACUGGUCAGCAGCAACUCUGUAAACAAUCCACUACAUCCCAAGAUAGGGAGGAACGUUUCAGUUCAUAAUUUUUAGCUCUGUGGGAUUAACUUGGCUAAAAUGCAUUAAAAUAUUGUUACCCAAGUAAACAGGCUUCUGGAAAAAAGAUAGUAAACAAAUCUGUUGAGUACAAUGUUGACAUAUUCUUAGUUUCUGGAGCUGUCAAGCUGCUCUCAUGUUAACACUUAAACCCACAACUAUUGCAGAAUAGUAUGGGAAAAUAAUGUAACUUAAUGAGAAGCCAAUAGCAAGAUGAAGAUUGUAGAUGAAGGUAUGACAGACUGUUAGACAAAUUAGUAUGGGAGGUAAGGAGUAAACUUCAGAUACACAAGGUCGAUUCCUACAAAGUCUUGCAGUUGUCUGUAAGUAUGAAACUUUUCCCCAGGUCCCUGUGUAAUAGAUGUUUCUGGUGUUUCACAGCUGGAAAAAACAAGAGUGGUGAGAUCAAGUGAUUUACCCAGGACUCUGAAACAGGUCAGAGAGUGUAAGGGUUGCAGUUCAGUAGUCUUUACUCUGAGCCCCACGUAUAUUUACAGCCAUGUUACUUAAGGUUGAAAAAAUGCUCUUAGCAAGUUCAUGCUCUUAGUGUGACUUAUUCCUUUCAUAUCUAAUCUCUCUGUUUUCAGUGACAGGACCCAGUGACCCCUUCUUGACUACUGUUCUGUUGUAAUGUCCUGCUUUAAGUAAUAAAAAACUUUUCUUUGCUA